CCGCCAGGAUGUCGUACAUGCUGCCUCACCUCCACAACGGCUGGCAGGUGGACCAGGCCAUCCUGUCGGAGGAGGAUCGAGUGGUGGUCAUCCGCUUCGGGCACGACUGGGAUCCGACGUGCAUGAAAAUGGACGAGGUUUUGUACAGCAUCGCCGAGAAGGUAAAGAACUUUGCUGUUAUUUAUCUUGUGGAUAUCACUGAAGUACCAGACUUCAACAAGAUGUAUGAGUUGUAUGAUCCCUGCACAGUCAUGUUUUUCUUCAGGAAUAAACACAUCAUGAUUGAUUUAGGUACAGGUAAUAACAACAAGAUCAACUGGGCAAUGGAAGAUAAACAGGAGAUGAUUGACAUUAUAGAAACUGUUUAUAGAGGAGCCCGCAAAGGUCGAGGUUUAGUGGUAUCACCAAAAGAUUAUUCUACUAAAUACAGAUACUGACAUUUUGUUGGGGCUGUGCUUUUCUUUUUUAACCCUUUCUCCACUUAAAUUUA